CUUGCCAUUGUGAAAUUUAACUGCAUAACGAUAGAAUGAAAAGUGUGUGUGCAUGUGUGUAGCACAGAAUGGUUUGUGCUAUGAAUUUAUGCGGAAUUAAAAUGAUUUACAGUUUUAUAUUUCUACUGUCGGUACACAUAGCAGAUAUCAAUGCAAGUACCUGUAACAAGUCAUUGACCUCUGAUUUGAGAGAUGACCAGUUCACCGCCUCAUCUGUAUACAGUGUUGAUUACAAUGCCAGCUCUGCAAAAUUUGAUGAAGGAGGUUGGGCCGCUAGUGUUAAUAAUGCCUAUCAGUAUCUACAGAUAGAUUUACAAGAAAUAUGGGAAAUAACAAGCAUUACAAAUAAGGAUAUAAGCAGGUGGUCCUGGUACAAUACACAAGCUUUCAGGUAUUAUAACUUAGGAUACAGACGAGUGGUCCUGGUACAAACACAAGCUUUCAGGUAUUAUAUCUCAGGAUACAGACAAAUGGUCUUGUACAAAACACCAGCUUUCAGGUGUUCUAACCUAGUCAGGAUAGACAAGUAGUCCUGGUACAAUGCACAAGCUUUCAGGUAUUAUAUCUCAGUCAGAAUACAGACAAGUGGUCCUGGUAUAAUAAACAAGCUUUUAGGUAUUUUUUUGUCUCCCGCCAUGUUUUUAAUUAAAGGAGAAAGAUGGAUUUCUAUAUUGAAAGAAGCAGUAAGCUAUAUACAUAUACAUAUACAUAUACAUAAGGAUGUAGAGAGUAUGGGUCAAUACGAAAAAACAAAUAUUAGUAGACUAAUAAUUAUCAGUAGUAUAUAAGAUGUUCCUGACCCCCGGUACAUCGCAAUCAAAUAACAAAACUUCCGCAAUCCAAGGAAAGUUCAAAUAAGAAAGUUCCUUAUCAAAUGACAAACUGAAAAGCUUAAACACGUCAAACGAAUAAAACAGGCAUUGACAAUAAUGUGUGAACAAAACAAACAGACAUAAUAAGUAAAAAUGUAAAAAAAAUUAGGAUACAUCAGUCAACAUCAUGAUAUCAUUUUAAGCACUUUAAAAACAAAUUACAAUUUCAACAAAGAAAAACAAAAUGGCAUAUAGACACUCUUUACACAAAGAACAGAAGCAAAAUUUAAAGACAAAAAUAAAAAAAAAUACCAUAUUACAAUAACUAUGCCGGGAUGUACAAAUACCGAGCCAUGCCAAAAGUAUAUCACCAAAAGUAGAAUAAGUAGUAAAGGGGAUACAAAUAUACAAAGAAAAAGAAAAAGAUACAUAACCCUGGUUCAUCAACGUUAUGUUCAGACACUGGUGAUAUUUUAUGAAGUCUAAGUAGCAGUUGUAACCUUUUGAAUACCGAUGGAGUAUGGAACUGUAUACCCCUUAUGCAGGUGAUAUUAGUAUACUGCUGCUUAGUCUGGGGAAACUUAUAGUUUCAAAAUUUAAAUUGUUUUGUUUGUCAUAGAUUGUAAAUCUUUUUAAGCAAUUGAAUGCCAUGAUAUACAUCGUGGUCCAAAUAAAUAUCGAUGGUACUACCCAGAGAACGUCACUACUCAAAUUAUUCACAUCCUCGGGCUUAUGGUUGUUAAUAAAUAUGUGUAUAUGUUUUCGGUAUCUAUGUUGUAUCUAGUUAAGCAUGAGCAUAAUUUGUUAUCAUUUUCCUUAGAAUAUUGCACAGCAAAGAUGGAUUUACAUGGACUGCAUACAAUACGUACUUGUCAGAUGAAAUACUUGGGGAAACAUUUAACAGACAGGACACAUUAACCACUAUUCAGCUCAAUCCGACGAUAAAGACUCGAUUUAUUGUAUUUAACCCUGUUAAAUACAACUGGCGGCCAUCAAUGCGAGUGGAACUUUAUGGCUGUAAACGAAAUGACGUGGCAAUCAUCAAUAUUCCAACAAUCAUAGAAAAUAAUAUCGAGUCGGACAUAGUUUGGAUUCCUAGUCAAAGCCCAGUUAUUAUAGAUCGACAUAUUAGUAUAAGACCUUUGGUAACAUUGACAAUACAAGCAGGAGUUUCUGUCAUCUUCAGGUCAACAGACGCUGGCAUUGACGUUUAUGGAACACUCAGAGUUAAUGGGAUAGAAGCUGUUGAAACCAUAUUUACAUCAUCGUUUCCUGUUACAUCAAAGAAAGGACUGUGGAAAGGUAUAUUCCACCAACCUAGAGGCAACAUUAGUUUGUGGUAUGCUGUCGUCCGCCAAGCAACCAUUGGUAUCCAAGGUGACAGUAUUGGAAUACAUUUAGGUCACAGUAACAUAUAUUCUUGCGAAACAGGAAUACAGCUAUCUGGAGGAACCACAAGUAACGCCACAAGUGAACACAAAAUAUCUGUUUCUACAUUUACAAUAUUGCACACAAGAAGUAUUCAUAACCAAUACGGCAUCCGAUUACACGGUACUGCUCAACGGGCUUAUAUCUACAUAGAUCAUUCGGAAUUCAGUUUCAACAACAAGCACGGUUUGGUCAUCGAAAAUUGGAAUGAUGAGUCAUCCACUGACACAGUAUUGCACCUGUAUAAUUCUAAAUUAAAUGAUAAUUAUAAAAGCGGUCUUCUUUCUUCUCCUUUAUAUCAAAAACACAUACUUGUGAUAGAAAAUUCGUAUUUUUCUAGAAACGGAGAAAACGGCUUGUACUUGUAUAGCGGUUUUUAUGAACCAACAGCAAUCUUUGAUAUCUCGUAUUCACAUUUUGAAGAAAAUGGGUACAAUGGUGUAGAAUACAAAUACACAUGUUAUUAUUGCGGCGGUAAUUUAAACAAUAGUCUACGUCAUAAUCAUAUAAUACAUAACAGACAAUUUCAAAUAGUUUUUUCAUUUUCUAAUCGUGAUGAUAAACCUGUUAUGAUGAAUUUCUUAUUGACAAAUAAUACGAUUAAAAAGCAUUCGUAUUAUGAGAGAUAUGCUGUCUCAAUCAGUGCAAACCGUCUAAUUGGAGUGUUUGAAAUCGUUUAUAAUACUUUUUCCGAUUUGCACGGUGGGUUUGGAAUAAACUCUGGUCCAGAUUCGUCAGUACAGGUGAAUAUGAGGAAUAAUAUCUUUGAAAAUAUCUAUGGUAAAAAAAUGGCCGUCCUCUACAUUUCAAAUACAAGAUUAAAAUUUCUGGAGAACAUAAUUUCAAAUUGUUCGGUAAAUAACCUGGUAGACCUUGUUGACGGUUUAUCUCAUCAGAUUAACAAUAACAGUUUCAACAACAAUUUAGUGACAUAUUGUAUGGUAAGGGUCGGUGAAGAAUAUAACAAGAUAAAGUCUAUCAAUGCAGACUACAACUAUUGGGGAACAGACAAUUUAUCGUUAGUGAAAGCGUGCAUUUGUGAUGUUUUUCUCAACUCUUCGAAAGCGCGGGUUCUUACAGAUCACGUGUUUCUUGAUCCAUCGAUGACGUCUGCGCAACAUAUUUCCACAGUUGAUGAUUUCCAGAUUACGUUUGAUACAGAUUUUAAUGCAUAUGUAAUAGGCGGUGUUAUAAAGUCAUCUAGUAGUCUGCCUACGUUUGAGUCGGAUAUUGUCAUUGUCAAUCGCACAGUCGUCAUUGGUUAUUCAGCAGACGUUCACCUAUUUGGUAUAACAUUUAAUUUCACAGCCAAUAGAGGAAUUAUUGUGUUAGGAAAUCUUCGCCUAGGUAAAACCUUGAAUCGAACGAUUGUGCAAGCACAAAAUGAGGAGCACCGAUGGAGCGGAAUACAUCUUUUUAAUGAAGAAUUAAAGCUGUCCAACGUCUUUAUGAAAGACAGUGAUAUCAGUUUGUAUGUUCACAAUGGAGCUUCAAAUAUUGACGUUUCAAAUGUGUCUGUGGUUCAGACGGAAGGAUUUAUCACGGCAAUCAAUUUUAUUGGGAAUCUUGAAUUGAAUCUUAAUGACAGUAUUAUCAGUACAAACAACAUCGUAGCUAAUAUUGAAAUCAACAAAACGGAAACGUUAUAUAUCAACUUUGAUAAUACUGCACUUUACAGUUCAACGGGAAAAUUAUUAAGUUUAAGCGAGACAGUCUCCACAGCAAACGUGACUGCUAUUUAUAUAAAUGCAAACAACUCAAUGUUCACUACAUCAAGCGAAAACAUUUUUGAAAUAAACACUUGCUCAAGUCAGAUACACAGCAAAUUAAUGUCAUCGACAUUUUCUAUAGAAAAUGGUGGCAAAACAAUUUUCACUUGCAAAGCCAUGUCAGUAGAUUUAGCAGGAAUACGAAAUACAUAUGAAAACAGUGAUAAAGGAUUUUUUAUAUCAUUCUGUGACAAACAAGAAAAUAAACAAGAUUUUGAUGUUGGGUUGCACCUAACUAACAAUAGAUUUGAAAAUAUAGAUUCAACAGCAAUUGAAACACAUGGUCAAUUGAAAGACAUAGUGAUACAGAACAACUAUUUCGUUAGUAAUGGUGCAUGUAUAAAACUUGCAAUAACAGAGUUUGAUUUUAACAGUUUAUCAAUAUCUCAAAAUCUAUUCUCUAAUAAUACAGCAGAUGGAAUCGUGAAGCUGUUACAGCCUCGUUCUGAUAAUUCAACCAUCACCAUGACACAGAAUGUAUUUGAAAACAACAAAGGCAUUGUUUUGUCUGUUACCUCACCGUAUAUUGAUAUAUAUCAAAAUUUCUUUGAAAACAAAGAUGCUGCAUACAAUUUAAAAGUCGAAAGAGACACACGUAGUUACACGGGAAAUGUAUUAAAUGCAUCUCAAAAUUACUGGGGUACAACUGACGUAAAUGGUAUCGAAAAACGAGUCUAUGAUAACAGCUACGAUAACACAUUAUUUAAAGUUACCUUCAGGCCAUAUCUAGGAUCCAAAAACUAUUCAGAUAUUCAAAACGAAGAAGCAGCAUUUAUAAGUUCUUCUGGUGAUAUUGGUGGAAUUGUGAGUGCGAAUUUGACACUUACUAAAGGAGGCAGUCCAUAUGUUGUAGUUUCUAAUAUUGUUGUAAACGAGAAUGCUGUUUUAAGUUUGGAAGCUGGUGUUGUGCUGCUAUUUAAGGAAGAUCUCGGCAUAACGGUCUACGGAACUUUUAAUGUUUUUGGAUCGACAGAUGAGUUGAUUCAGAUGAAACCGGAAGCAAGCGAAAAACCGUGGAGAGGACUAGAUAUCAAAUCAAACAGAGGUAAUUUUAAAUCAAAGUUGGAAUACCUAGCUGUAACAAACACUACAUCGGGUAUUCAUAUAAGUAGUAUGAACACAUACAUCCACAAUGUAACAUCUACAUAUUCCACCUCAAAUGGAUUUACCCUUUAUGUCAACAGCAAUAUAUCGGAAGUGGCCAUUUCUGAGCUAAACGCUUCAAAUAAUAUGAACAGCGGAAUUGAAAUUGUAACGGAGGGCUUUCAAAUGAAAGAAACGGUAUUUGAGGUAAAAAAAUGUACUGCUAGCAAAAAUAAAGAACAUGGUAUUGUUAUCAAAGCGAACGCAAGUGUUGUAAUUUCUAAAUGUAAAGUUGAAGGGAAUACUGAAUCUGGAAUAUAUGUUUACCAAGAGUUUGGAGGACGAAUUACUAUAAGCUCAUCAAACAUAUCCCGAAAUGUAAAAUAUGCUAUUAAAGAAUACUUCACUGAAGAAUUUGUGGUGGAUUCUUGUAUUAUUUCAGACCAUACUUACCGUCGAUUUUCAAUAUAUUCGUUUUACAGAAUAUCAUAUGUAUAUCUGGAAAUAAACGGCAAUUCCAAGUUUCAGAUUAAAAUAUUAAAUACGGUUUUUAAAGAUAAUAUCAAUGAUGGAAUAGACAUUAAGUUCGGUUGUGCUAACUUUGAAAACUGCAUGCUUCAGGUGGAAAAUAAUACAUUUAUUAACGGGAAUCAGACGAUGCACAUCUAUUUCAAUUCCUGGUACGAAAAUAUGGCUUUCGUUAACAUUGUCCGAAAUUUGUUUGUGAACAAUUCGAACACAUACGGUGCUCUUUUAGAGUUUCAAUUCCAGAAUGUUGGUGAUGUAAAAUUUGAGAAGAACACGUUUGAUGGGAAUGUCGCAAAAACAACUUUACGUUUUACAGGAAAUGUACGACAUUCCAUCGGAACAAUUGCAAUACAGAACAAUUUUAUCCUUGGCGACUGGGCGACUGAAUCAUUGAUUGACAUUAACGGCUUCCAGCCAGUAACAGUAACCAAUAAUCAUCUAAGGAACUUAAAUUCAGAUGUAUGCGUUCUAAGAGCACCAACAUUUCGAGAGUCAUUUGAAAUAAAUGCUACUUUUAAUUACUGGGGUAAAACAAUGGCAACGGAAAUUGUAGAGAUAGUUUGCGGAUUCGAAAAAGACAUGGAUAAAAGUUUUGUCAAAUAUAUUCCGUUUUAUACUGAUGACAAUAGGAAUCAAUUAGUUUCCUCAACGCAAAACAACUUUGAUGUGCAAGGAACAUUUGGCGGAGAAAUUAGCACAAAUUUCACCAUUCCAAUGAUCGCUGGACCCAUUAUCAUAUCAAGAGCUUUGUUUGUAAGACCGGGUCAUGUUUUGACAAUACCAGCUGGUGCAGUCCUGCAUUUCAAAGAAAACAGAGGCAUAUAUAUUCAAGGAGUAUUGAAGAUAUCUACCAGAAUCAGUGAAUUUACCACCUUGACCUCUAUGAAUGAUGCUGUGUUUUGGAAUGGAAUCGUGUUAAAAUCUACUAGCGAUGAAUAUUCAAUCUUUAACAACGUUCACAUAUCACACACAAUGAAAGGUUUUACUGCGAUUUCUUACAAGUUUGAAAUGAGACGAAGUCAAAUAACUAAUUCCAGAGCGUCUUGUUUGACAGUGAAACCGGAUUAUUCUAUUAUUAACAAUUAUGAUUUUGAAGGGACCAAUAUAAGUAACUGUAAGGACAAUGGUAUACUCUUUACAGAAAACGGAAUAAUAAAUGUUUACAAUGUAAAUAUCACAAACGCGUUUAUCUGCAUCAAGAUGGAUAAAUAUUUUGGAGAUUUAACUAUCAAAUCCAGCAAUAUUACUGAUUGUUCAACAGUCGCUUAUGUCCGAUUCAGAGGAUAUUGGUCACAGUCUGGUAACAUUACUCUUGACAGUUGUCGGAUUACAAAUUCUUCAAACGGUUUAGAAUUUUUCACUCAGAGUAAAUGGACGAUAAAUAGUGUUUAUAUAAAGAAUAAUAUAUUUUCAAACAUAACGAACAAUGCCUUGUCGAUUGAAUAUACGGCAUAUAAAACGAGCAAGUACAUCGGUCAUGUUGAUAUAGGAUUUAAUACUUUUUAUAAUACUUGUCACAUAAAUUUGAAGACGUGGAACAACGCCAGCCUGACUUUUCAUGACAAUACAGUUGAAUAUGGCAGUUGUGAAGGUCUUGGAAAAUGUUAUCUUGAAGCAUAUGCAGAGGGACACACAGAGAUUAAGGAACGAAUUUUCAACAUAUCUACUAAUAUAUUUAGAAAUUUGGUUAGUGACUGCAUUGUUGAUCUGGUGUCAAGUGAAACUACUGGAUUCUUCGAAGGUGUUUUCUACUAUAACCAGUUUUUGACCACAGAGACUAUUGUUGGAACAGUAAUGUUAGACUCGAAAUAUUUUAAUUUUUCCCACAACAUAUUUGACAAUCCAAUGUCACCGUAUGACAUUUACGUAAAAAAAAAAGGAGCUUCAUCUGUAAAUGCUUCUAAAAACUGGUGGGGAAAUGCCAAUACCGAUAUAGCAUACGAAAGAAUAUUUGAUUUUCAUCGUGAUAGUUCUUUGUUACUGGUUAAUAUAAGUUCGAUUUUGACUGACAGAAACAUUGAUUGUUCAGGGGUUGAUAACUGCAGCUCCAAUGGUGAAUGUGUGAGUCCAAACAAAUGUAGAUGCUUCUCUGGUUGGGCCGGUGAAAAGUGUUUAGGGUAUGAUUGUUCAGGAGUUCAUAACUGCUAUGGGAAUGGAUUAUGCGUUGGAUCGAACAUGUGCGAGUGUAAAAGUGGGUGGAGUGGACAUCAAUGUAUAAAUGCAUUAUGCAGUUAUGUCAACAACUGUAGUGAUCAUGGUUUCUGUAUUCAACCUGACGUCUGCAAGUGUGCUCCUACAUUCACUGGUGAAAACUGUAGUUUGUGUAUACAGUUACAUUGGGGCACCAACUGUGAUCCAUGUCCAAACUGUCGGAAUGGGGAAUGUAAUCUUAAUACAGGGACUUGUGAUUGUUUUGGAGCACAUUGGACCGGAAGUCUCUGUGAUAUUUGCAGUGAGACAUUCUAUGGUCCAAACUGUCUACCUUUGCUGACAGUUUUGAAUGUUAUACCAAAUCAGGGCCUUGAUAAAGGAGGAAAUGAUGUGCAUGUUUGGGGCACAAUUUUCCACAGACAGAUACUUAUAAAUGUAAAUUUGACACAAACGUUGUGAACGGUGUAUGGGUUGCCUCGAAUCACGUGAUCUGUUCUGCUCCAAGACAUGCAGCAGGGAUCAUUAGUCUUGACAUUUCUCCAGAUGGGAUAGAGUUUAGCAACACUAAGGUUAAAUAUUUAUAUUUUGCAACGUGUCCACCGAGCUCAUGUGGACGAGAUGCGUCGCCUCCACAUGGUCAGUGUUUGUUUGGGGGUUGUUCUUGCAACCUUCCGUGGACAGGUGAAAAUUGUACGAUUGAACUACUAACACCUGUUAUUAUUAAGCCUCCACAACAAACUAUAAACGAAUCGGUUAUAUACGACUACCAACUGCAGUUAUCACGGGGGAGUUUACCAGUAACUUGGUCACUCAUAGAUCAUCCAGGAAAUAUGAUGAUAGAUGAACGAACUGGAAGACUGUUUUGGUCAAAUGUUAUAGGAAGACUAUUAGCUUAUUCAGUCAUUGUAGAGGCAACAAAUGUUGUCGGUAAACAUAGUACUGAAUGGACGAUAAAUGUACCUGUUUCGUAUUCUGUUAACCUGAUAUCUCUAUAUCCAACUGGAAUUUUACCUAGACCAAAGCAAAUAGACUUUUUAGGGGAGGUUGCAUUCAGUGAUUUUAUUGCACCGAGGCUCGUUCCAAUCAAACUUAUAAUUAAUAGUACGUUAACAGGUACAACACGGGUCUUAUCACCAACAAGUGAAAAUAAUAACCCAACAUCAUUCAGGACAACGUAUUAUCCAAGACCGGAUGAUGCAGGAACAUUUACUGUGAAAGCAUAUCAUCCAGGUUUGGAGCGAAGUUCAGGGAACACAUUAACAUGGGUAGUACUAGGCAUUCGUUGCGAACCGAAUUUUGUUAGCGUGAAAAGUUACAUAGACGGAAGUCAAGCUGUGUUUGCAAACGUAUCAACUCUAAAAAAUGUUGGAGGUUAUCCAAUCGGUAACAUAUCAUCAAAGGUAUAUGGUAUUCAAAACGUUCAUGUUUUUAAAUCUGAAGAUGAAACGGAAGAAGCAUUCUUCCUGACGAAACUCAAUUCGGACGAAAUGGUUAGUUUUGGUUUCCAAAUGAAAGAUGUAAAACCAAUGUUGAAAACAUUUUAUAUUGUGUUUUCAACAACGGAUAGAACAUAUGAAAGGCUUCAAAUUAAUGUUGAUUUAUCGAUCAAAAAGCCGUUACUUAUUUUCGAACCAUUCGCUGUUAAGGACAACAUCAUCCGUGGUACUCAAAACAUUUUAGAUAUAACCAUAAAAAAUAUCGGUGAUAUUCCAGCAAGAGAUGUGAGUAUUCAUAUACCAAAUGAAACAAAAAUAAGUUUGAUGUCAUUAUCAAUGAAAGGAGAAAAUGUGAAUUAUGCAAACGAACAAUUGCGAGAUAGUUUGACUAUUCCCUCACUAAGUGAAGCUAUCAUGUCUCUCGCCAUCACUGUUGAAUCAAACACUCCAUUAGGGGAACUUCGGGGAACUAUAGCGGUAAAUACCAAUCUUACUACGUUUAUUUUACCAUACGCUAUUACAAUUACUUCAGAGCGACGACUCAAUUUAACUUUUGUAAUCAAAGACGAAUAUACUUAUUUUGCGACUGGAUCACCAUUGGUUAUUGGUGCAGAAGUUAAAUUGGUAAAUCCAAGACGAGGGUACUCAGAAACAAGAUUAACUUACAAUAACACAGGGGCUGUAUUAUUCGAAAACAUAAACGAGGACAAAUACACAGUUUACGCCAAGGCUGAAGGUCAUUCUACCUACUCUGCUAUCAUAAUUGCAACACCCUAUACAACAAGUCGAGAUAUAUUCCUACAAAGAACAGCUGUGACAUAUACGUGGACAGUUACACCAACUACUGUAGAGGACAAAUAUGAAAUUACACUAGAUUCCACCUUUGAAACAUUUGUCCCAAUGCCGGUGGUAACAAUUGAACCAAACAAAUUAGACACAAUGCCUUUUGAGACAGAAGAACGAGAUAGCAUUGACUUUAAUAUAACUAAUCAUGGCCUCAUCCGAGCUGAUAACCUUCGGUUUUCUUUACCUACAGGACAUCCUACACUGCAAUUUCAAUCGACUGUCGAUGUAAUCGGGGAUCUUGCAGCCAAAUCAUCUGUUAUUAUAACGGUCAAGAUAACUCUUAAAUCAGGAAACACAGGACAUGGUGGUUGCAGUAUGUUUAUAGUAUAUGAGUAUGAUUGUGGAGGAAUACGUACUAAUAGCGCAAGUGUUAUUCUUACUGGAAGAUGUGGAGGCGGAGAUAUAGGUUUAUUGUUGCUCAAAGAUAUAGGUGGUUCAUCAGGAGAAAGCGGGUCCGGUGUGAUGAUUGUUUACCGUCCUGUCACUCCAGUACCAUGUGAUUGCCAUGCUGCUCUCUUGAAGAAGUGUAUUUUAGUUUAUAUUCCAAUAGUAGGCUGCUUGGCAUCAGCAGGAAAUUUAGCAGUGUCGACGAUUGUGAGUUGUGCACUUCAGGAUAUUUUCCCAGUAAUAGGCUGUGCUGUUAAAGUCGAAAAGUUAAUUAAAUUAUUAAACUCAUCGGGACCAGAUUUAAAUGUCGCAAUUAUGGACAUGGCCAUGUCUUGUGGUGUUAGUCAAUUGUGUAGCGUUUGUGGUAACUUAUACAAGGCGUUGAGAUGUCUACAAGAAUUGGAAAAGGAAUGUGGUAACAAGCGAAAAAGACGUGAUGUGAGUUCAGACGUAGUGAACAACGUUAUUCUCACAUAUAAACCAAUGAAUAAUUUCAGAUUAAUGAUGGAUGAGUUAUUCGGAAGUGAACAAAUGUUUAGUGUAAACAAAGAGUGGUAUCCUGCGUUUAAAACAGUUAUUUCUGAUGACAGCGAAAAUGGUUCGAAACUUUCAAAAGACGAAAAGUCAUUUGUGUUGAACACUUUAACAAGUAAUAUCUCAAAACCCAUCUUGGACAGAUUUUUAGAAAGAUGGAACAAUACAGUUUCAGCAUGGUACAAUGGGACUUUAAACCUAGAAAUCAAAAUUGGAGGCGUUAUAAACCUUUCUACACUUAGUAUGAUGACGCGUCAGUAUAUCAAAGACACCAAAACAGCUGCCUACAGGGGUUUUGAUUCAAUUUUCAGUGAUUUUGAUCAUGCUUUGAAUGCAUAUGUUUUGGCCGAAAAGGAAACACAACAAGGAGGGGGCAAUGAAAAGGACGGUGCAAUAUGUGCCAAGGUCCGUGUAAGAAUUGUUCAGGAUCUUGUUCUAACCAGAGAUGCCUUUAAUGCCCGUUUUGAAAUCGAAAACGGCGAAAACUCAGCUCUUGAAAGUAUCCAUGUUGAAAUUGAAAUCAAGCACAACUCUGGAUCAGGAGAAAUUGUUAAUGGCUUAUUUGCUAUUGGAGACCCAGAUUUAUUAGGAUUGACAGGGGUAGACGGUAAUGGUCGACUAGGAGUUGAUUUAUCUGGAUCAGCAGAAUGGUUGAUCAUUCCGUACUCCAUAGCAGCACCCAAUGAUGAUGUAUUGUUUUAUGUUGGUGGCAGAUUGUCCUAUCGGGUAGAGGGAUCAAACUUCUCUGUUCCUUUGCUACCAGACGCAAUCACAGUUAAGCCGAACCCAAGUCUGGUGCUACAUUAUUUUCAUGAAAAAUAUGUUAGAGGGGAUGAUCCCUUGACAACUGAAAAAGAACCAGUCAUUCCAUUUACUUUAGCAGUUAUGGUAACGAAUUCAGGGUACGGGAUCGCCCGAGGUCUUAAAAUAUCAUCGGCGCAACCACAAAUUAUAGAAAAUGAAAAAGGAUUACUUAUCACUUUUAAAAUAAUUGGCGGUUUCUUGGGGAACGAACCAAUUACACCUUCUCUUAUUGUGGACUUUGGGGAUAUCAAAUCUUUCGAAACAAAAACAGCAAGAUGGAUGUUGACGUCAACACUGCAAGGAACUUUCUAUAAUUUCAGUGCAACAUUUGAGAAUAUAAAUCCAUUGGGAGAUCCACAACUUUCUCUUUUUGAAAAUGUAUGGUAUCAUGAACUUAUUCAUUUGGUUAGACUCUUCAGAGACGGUGAGGAUGAUGGCUUCGACGAUUUUUUGGUGAAUGACUUUGUUGAUAAUAAAGGGAUACCAGAAAGGUCUAUAACAGUGCAAACGGAUCUGAUGUGUAUAACGUUAUUACUGCAACUGAACUUGGAUUAUCGUCAAGCACGUUCGUAAAGUCUAAUAUGAAAACAUAUACUCUAGUUUACAUGGAGGUACUCACUAGAACGUCAAACUGGUUUUAUGCAAGGGUAACAAAUAAUGUCACAAGUCCUGAUCAAACUCUGCUUUCUGUCAAGUCAGAUGAUAAUCGCGAUAUAGUAGUUGAUAAAAACAUAUGGACUACCACUCAUAUGUUAGACUCGUAUCUUAUUCAUUUGUUUGACUUUAUAAAAAGCAAUAAUAGCGUGGCGGAAAAUACAAAAAUGAAAUAUUCGUUAACGUUUGGUCCAAAAAAUAUGCAUCCUCCAAAAUUCAACAAAACGUCUUAUUCGAUAACAAUAUCCCCGGACACUCCGAAAGGAAAGCCUAUUCUUACUGUUCACGCGUAUGAUGUUGAUAAAAAUGAGAUCACGUAUGACCUUAUUGGUUUAAACCACGGGUCAUUUGAUAUAGAACCUCAUAAUGGAGUUGUUACUUUAUUGCAAAUUCCAUUAGCUAUUGGUGAGUUUGAGCUUCAGGUAAUAUGCAGAGAUGACGGUAUCCCAUCGCUGUCAGGUGUUGUCAACGUGAAUAUUUACGUGAUAUCUAGUGAAAUGAUGACAACAACUUUAAUAAAGUAUUCAGAAACGUCAGCUGACAUUUCAGUGACAUCACAACCCAACAACUCAGUGAGUGAUAAAACGACAGUACCAGCUAGUUCAAACAGUGCACUCGAUAUAACAACCAAAUUAUCGGGCGAUGAAACGACAGAACAAGAUACUUCUACAGGUGUAGUUGAUGCGACAACCGAUUCUUUGAGUGAUACAACAACAGAUCACGAUAACACUAAAAUUACAGUUGAUACGACAACCAAAUUAUCCUUUGACAAAUCAAUAGAACAAGAUAUCUCUACAGGUUCAGUUGAUGCUACAGUCGGUUCAUCUAGUGACAAAACACCAAAAUCUGAUACUUCUACAAUUUUAGUGGACUCGUCAACAAAAUCAUCAAGUGAUAAAACAACAGAACCUGCUAUUACAUCAGGUGCAGUUGAAGCAACUACCAAAUCUUCUAUUGAUAAAACAACAGCAGAUCAAUUUACUUCGAUUAAUGCAGUAGAUGUAACAUCCAAAUAUUCGUUUCAUAAAACUAAUUUUCCACAUUCAUCGACAACUGCAUAUGGAACGACACUGGGGACAUCGUCUGCAGUAAACCAAGUAUCACACACUAUACUUUUAAUCGCCUCAAACUUUAUAAUACUUAGUCUCAAAUUGAUUGACUAAUGAGAUAAUCGGAAAAAAAAAAGAAGAUUUUUUUAAUCACAAGAUAGUCAAAUUUCAAGUAGAUUAUAUAUAGCAGAACGUCAUAGUUAGGAUAACACUACUUGUUAAUUUUGGAAAAGGUACUUCAUUGAAAGGAUCGAUUGGACGCAAAGGAAGAUUUAAUAUUUGCGAUCUUCAAAUCCAUAGCUGACGUCACAACUAAUCGCAUUUGGUAUUAUCAGUAUUGUCAUACCUGCUACGAAACGUAUUGAUCUUAUAUUUCGUCAAAGUCGGUAUCAUCAAUAUCUAAAUUUAGUUUUUUUUACAAUAUAUCCUUAUUUUCUUGUUCACUGGACUGUUUAUUUUUUUGCAUUUAAAAAUUUGAUACAGUUUGGUGUGAAUGUUUGUAAGACAUUAUCAAACUUUUAAGGAUUCAUUUGAACUGUGACAGGAGCAAAAUUCAAUAUCUAUUUCGUCUUCCUAUUUGACUGUUACAUUGAGUUUUAGAGUAAGCAUUUAGAUACAGUUAACAGAAGUAAGCUUCUUCAUAACCAUCUAGAGAAAAACAACAUUUCUCCCAUGUAAUCGUUCUUUUUUCACUAAACAUUUAAGGCACAGUCUGAAAAUUUUAAAUCAUGAAUAAUUGUCUCAAACUUCACGACAUAGUUUAAAAUGUUACAAAGGCGUCUCCAUAAUCAAUAGAAAGCAACAUUCAUUCCAUUUUAACACGAACAUUGUUUAUGUAUUUUACUUAUUUAACACAAUUUUAGCAGUCACCAGUAUUCUUUUACAUUGAUAACAAAAUAAUAGAAGUCAUUCGAGAAACAUGUAUUGUGUGCUCGAAGAUCAUAUCAUACGUUUUAAAGGAUAUGCAAAUUGCAUGAAUCGAAUCUGAUGUUGACAAUUGCAAUAUAUCAAAAUAUCAAAAUACUUUUAGAAAUAUAAGUAAUAAUUUCAGACAUAAAAGAUGCUAUGUUACGUUUGUCCUUUGGUUAGGUUUCCAUAAUUAAUUUGACUGAUCUAUUUCUUUGAAGUUAUAUCCAUUGUGCAUCCUACAGAAAACGUUAUCUGCGUAACAGAAGUUAAAGUACUUUGGUGACGACCAGUUGAUUUUGAUCGGGAAAGAAGACAGCAUUUGUUUAACUUUUUAGAAAAGCCGAAAACAAAUAUUCUGGCCAGGGUCUAAGUGAAAACAGAUAAUCUGGCAGCCUCUAACUUGGAAAUAAAUAUUCUGACCUCACUAAAUUAGCCAGUCCACUCCCCUGAUUAAUUGGUCGUCCCUUAAUCAGUUAUUUGUAAAUUUUAUAUUAACCGGAAUGUAAAAUAUAUAUAAUUCAGAAAAUAUAAAGUGAAGUAAAGUGUGUGUUGUAGUUGUACACAACAGUUGUAUGCUGUUGUUUGUCUCCGAUUCCCCACUCAGAUAAUAUUUUUAUGAUAGUCAAAGCAUUGACAACAUGUUAAACUGGUAUGAAACAAAAGUGAAAACCACAAAUGUAUCAAUUAAAUUUUUAUUUAGAUAUCAUAUUUUCAUCAAAUAUGUAAUAAUUUGCUGAAAGUUCAAUUAGGAAAGUAAGAGUCAAAGAUUGAGUGUUAUUUUGUUCCAAACAAAUUUCUAUUGCUUAUUAAAUCACCAGAGAUUUAAAAAGUGAUUGAGAUGAGUCCAAAUUUUUACACUCUAUUGCUGGAGUCCUCGACAUAAUAUUCUCUGGAAAUGAAGAUUUUGGUUACCUUCCGGCUUUGAAUAUUUGGAAAUCUGAUUAAAAUAAGACACCAUAUUGCAAGAACCUUAAAGGACGCACGUAGAACUGCGAUAAUAUGAAUUUAAGGAAAGAUUGAAAGACCUUUUUUAAAAUGAGCCUGUGUAAAAUGGUGGGGGAAUUGGCCUUAACGCUUUAUAACCUUUAAUAAUUUUUCGGUAUGUUGACCUUUGUUUUAUGUUUUCAAACAAUAAUGUCAGUAAAUACUAUAAAAUCACACACACAUAUAUAUAAAACAAGGAAUCAUUUGGUAUCGCAGAAGUAAGUGACAUAAUUAUGUUUAUUGCUUACUUGAAAAUUAGGAAAUAGUAAGGCCGAAUAAGUUUUUAGUUAUUCAUGACCUGCAUGACCUGACAACGAACAAAUCCAAAAAUAGCAACACAUGUUUUAGCAAAGAGGAAUCUGUAUGUAUAGGCACAAACAUAGUUCCUUAUCUUUCACCAUUAGUUUGUUAUUCAAAAUGUUCAAAGUGACAAAAGAGGUUGGAACCAAAAAUAUGCAUUUAUAUUUAUUGAUCCGAAAUGUGUUACGAUUAUGUCUUUAUGUUAAACAUCUGUGACUAGAUAUGUUUACUUUAAUAUAUUUAUUAGGUAAUUAUCUGAAUAUUAUUCCCAUAUAAUUGCCAUUUAAAAAAAUACUAGAAUUAUUACGUUACUUUUCCAUCCUCCAAUUUUGUUAGUACUUUCUUUUCUAUUUCUGUUGUUUCGACUAAAUGCCUCGACAUGACUGUCUAUUUAUACAUCCCGCCUAUCAAAACUGACGCCCUCUUCGAAUGGGUUUUCAGAGUCGGCUAGAUGAGGUCACAGUGAUCAUAUCUUGAUAAACCAAGUCAACUCUUAUAUUUAAAAAAUGAUAUUGAUAUUAAAAGAUCGUUAUUUAUCAUAUUAUAUUUUCAUAUUUUCUUAUCCUCAGAUCUUAAAAGAAGAGAUCAUUACAGGUGUUCCGGGGAAAAUCAAUUUUUUGUCAAAUAUCAUCUUUUUAUUGGCUGUGCCUACCGUAAGGAACUAUUUAUUGUGCUCAUGAUUAAUCUGCUAAAAAAUUACGCUGACAUUUAUCGAAAUAACGUUUUGCAAUUUCUUUUUAAAAACAUCGUGUCAACUUUUUUUUGUAAAAUCAAAUCUGUAAAAAAGUUUCAAAGCCACAUAUACCAUUAUUUUAAACGUUUUAUCUGCCUGGCUUUAUUUUGUUAUUAUAAUCGCAAAGUAUGUGUAAAGUGUAUUUCCGAUAUGUUAAGUAAACUGAAUUCGAUAUCACUACUACGAUUUGGUUGUUAAUUUUUCAUUUCUUUUUGACUGUCGGUCCCCAUACAGUACGCCUAGAGACCGUGAUGAAAUGAAUGAACUAGUAAGAUAAUUGCUUACAUCCACUUCAUUUGAACUUUGGUGGAUAGUUGUCUCAUUGGCAAUCUAUCUUAAUUUUAAAAGAUGUAAACAGAAUCAUCACUGGGCAAUUUUGUAACGAUCGUUUUGCACAAAUGACAAAUAAGUAAAUUGUACAAAAAGUCAUGCUAUUGACAUGAGUAGGAAAUUGUGGUGGAGUUUGGUAGUUUAACAGAUGUUAAAACGUUUAAUAAUUUUUUUCAAAUAACUUUUAUACAGUUUUGUGAUGCAAAUAUAAAAGUCAUUCUGUUACAUGUUAUUUUUGUUGGGUUCGUGUUGCUCAGUAUUUCGUUUGCUAUGUUGUGUUUUGUGUUUUGUAUAUUGUUGUUAAUCUGUUUGUCUUUUUUCCUUUUUAUCCAUGGCGUUGUCAAUAUAUUUUGAACUUAUGAGUUUGGAUGUCUCUUUGGUAGCGCUUAUCUUUUAAUAAAUAAAUAUUAAUAAUUUUAGUUAUUUUUUAAACUGUUGUGUGAUGCAUAUGCGUACAUUUAAGUUAUUAUGUGCUUUGUUUUUUUUAAUAUGCUAACCAUUUAUAUAUAUUGCUUAAAUUGAAACUUUAACAAAUGUUGGUUUUUUUUUUGUCUAUCUGAAAUAUUGUUUUAUGAUUUAUAUAAAUAUUAUAUGGUGUAAGUUUAACAGUAGCUGUAUUUAGAAUAAAAAUGAAUUUGGACAAAA